AUGGAAGAAGAUCAUCAUCAUCAAGUGGAAGAGGAGAAAGAAGAAGAAGAGAAGAUCAUGUCAACACAAGAAGCCAACAAAACAGAAACAGACACAUCUUCAUGUAGACUAUUCUCAUGCCUCUUCUGUUCUAGAAAGUUCCAUAGCUCUCAAGCCCUAGGAGGCCACCAGAAUGCUCACAAGAAGGAGAGAACCGAUGCUAGAAGAGCCAAAAGAGCUUACAAUUUUGUCAACAACAAUGACUUGCUUCACACGUUACCUCUCUUCCUAUCCUCCCCCACUCCACACCCUUUGACCAUCUUAAGCUACCCUCCGUAUGCGUCCUUUGCAUGCUUUCCAGCUUCUCUUACCGAUGUCUUCAGACCCAACGGUGCUCAUGUCGUGUUGGCAACAUCCCACCAACGUGUUCAAAAUUUGGAUCAUAACAUGGUGAAUGGUGAGAACGGUGUCAAUCAAUGUCUUGAUCUCUCCCUUCAUUUGUGA